AUGGCUGCUCAAAAGACAGAAUUUACCAAGAUCGUAGAAAAUUCUAUUGCAGCGAUUUCAGACGAUUUGCGAGAAAUUAGUUUAAAGAUUCGCGCAAAGCCUGAAAUUGCACUCGAAGAACACUUUGCACAUAAUCUUUUGACGGAUUAUCUUGAGAAAAAGGGAUUUAAAGUAACAAGAAAAGCAUACGGAUUAAAUACUGCUUUUCGUGCGGAAUAUGAAAGCGAGGUUACUGGUGUAAUGAAUGCACUUAAAGCUUUAAGCAUUCCUGGAAAAGUAGUGUUGUUUAGAACACCAGCUGAAGAAAUUGUAAGCGGUAAAGUAGAAUUGAUCGAAGCUGGAGCGUAUAAAGAAGUCGAUGUGUCUUUGAUGGUUCACCCAGCGUGGGGAGAUUUAUUGGAUCCAGUUUAUCUAGCUAUAACAAGCGCGAAAAUCGAGUAUUUUGGGAAAGCGGCGCAUGCGGCUGGUACAAAAUUUCAGCGUCCCCUUGGAAUGCUUGGUGACAGCUUGAAUUUGUUAUCUGAUCUGAGCUUUAGUAUGAAUGCACUUGACGCUGUAGUUUUGGCUUAUAAUGGUAUUUUAUUGCUAAGACAACAAUCGCAAAUCAACAAUAGAAUUAGCAUGUUUAUUACUAAUGGAGGGAAAGUAGUCAAUGUGAUCCCUGAUUACGCAUCACUUCAAGUCCAAAUCCUCUCUGAGAGUGUUUCGAUCUUGCAAGAAUUAAAAAGUCGUAUUGAAAUUGUCUCAAGUCUGCUGCGGACGCUACUGGAUGCACAUAUAAAACUGAGUGGGAUAAAGGAUGAUGCUGUGCUAGCAAAAAGUUUUAUGAAGCACAUGGAAGAUCGUGGCGUAGUUUAUCCUCCGACUGGUACUUUUCCUCCAGGAGGGUCGACAGAUCAGGCAUUUUUCGACCUAUAUUAUAAUAAUAAUUCCCGAAAUACAA